UGAUUCCUUCUCUCCUUUUUCCUCCUUCCUCCUCUCUUUCCUCUUGUUCUCAUUUGUAUUCUCUCUUUCCAUAGUAUAUAAUCCAUAGUACUGUUUUAGUGACUGAAGGAGGAAGUAGAGCCAUAUAACUUAGGGAGUUAUUCUGGAAUCCAUUUCUUAUCGUUGUCCAUAGACCCACCUUCAUGAGUUCUUAGGUUUCUUUUAUUUCCACGCUAGAGUUUGGCCAUAUUCAUCCAAAACCAUUGCAAGCGAGGUGGUUUUCCGACUGCUUCCGAUAUUACAUCCGUAGUUAAUCAGCCAGUGACAUGGGAGACGGCUUAUCUGAACUUUUCGAGGACACAGAGUUCGGGCACACCAACUUCUCCGGGGCCGCCUCCCCGGAGGACCUCUUUAGCAUCUUGGAGAGCUUGGAGGAUGCUACUAAGGAGGUUCCUCCCUUCAACCCAUUUGAAGAACCUGUCCUUAGCCCGAGAGGUGGUGAUCACGAUUCUACGACAAGGCUAGUGUCUCGAGGUUCGGCUUCAUCUAGCAUUAGGGCUCAUGAGAUCGAUGAGGGUGAUGAGGAGACUAACCAUGCCCGAAAGAAGCUUAAGUCCUCCACACUGGUUGCUUCGGUCGAUGCGGCUGCCCAAGACGGGCAGAACAAGAUGUCACACAUCACGGUGGAGCGCAACCGGAGGAAGCAAAUGAACGAGCACUUAUCGGUACUCCGAUCAUUGAUGCCAUGCUUCUAUGUGAAGAGAGGGGAUCAAGCAUCCAUCAUAGGAGGGGUCGUUGAUUACAUCAAGGAGUUACAACAAGUCUUGCAAUCCCUGGAGGCCAAGAAGCAGAGGAAAGUCUACAGUGAGGUUCUCAGCCCCAGACCAGUUUCGAGCCCUAGGACGACACCACUGAGCCCGAGGCCUCCGCCUCUGAGUCCAAGAAAGGGCUUGCCGGUAAGUCCAAGAACCCCUCAGCCAGGCAGCCCCUACAAGCCAAGAAUGCAGCAAAGCUAUCGCUCCCCGACGUUGGUUCCAUCUCAUGAAUCCUCCCCCACCAUUGAGAACAACGUCUGCGAGCUCGCGGCCAACUCCAAAUCCCCGGUUGCGGAUGUAGAGGUGAAGUUCUCCGGUCCUAACGUGCUCCUGAAGACGGUGUCGCAUCGCAUCCCUGGCCAGGCUCUGAAGAUAAUCGCCGCCCUUGAGGGCCUCUCUCUCGAGAUACUCCAUGUAAGCAUCAGCACCAUUGAUGAUACCAUGCUCAACUCAUUCACCAUCAAGAUCGGAAUUGAGUGUGAACUUAGUGCGGAGGAACUAGCACAGGAAAUUCUGCAAACAUUCUCAUAAAUCCGCCGAACGCAACAUCAACCAUAAUCUAACAUCUAGCUCAGCUCCCUCGAUCGGUCUCGGCUCUCGUCCAGCAACUGCUCAGUAGCAAAGAAAAUGUGGAAGGCACCGACAAUAAUCAAGUCCAUCUUGUUAGAACAUGACUCCUUAACCUUUUGUUGUAAUCCAUGUAACUUUCACUUCAAGCUUACAUUCUAAUUAAGUGUGGUUUCUUCGGCUUUC